AUGUCGCUCGACUUCUCGAAAGUAGAGAACAACCCCAUGCCCGUGAUUGCCCAGACGUACGACGCGAAUGUGGCUUUCGUCAUAUACCGCAACAAGAACAAGAACGUGGUCGUGUAUGCCGCACGGCUGCUUGGGGAUGGCACAUUGGACCCGAAGAACCCGUUGGACGUGUACUGGAUCAUGUUUGAGCAGGACGGCGCGCCCCGUGAAGAGCUCAACCAAAUUGAGCGCUCGACCGCGUACGGUGCGACUGCCAAGCCGUGCGAGGGUCAUCCGGGUGCGUACAAGGUGACGCUCACGUCGCUGAAAGACCGCGUCGUUUAUUUGUCCAUUGUAGACGGCAAGCCCGUGAGUCUGGGAUCAAUUAACGGCGAAGAGGGCUGCACGUUUGAGCGCGUGUUCGUGCAACAAACUACAUUGUGGGGUAUGCCCAAGGUACAGCAUAUGGAGGUUUACGGCCGGGACGCGUCGGGGAACGUCAUCUCGGAGAAGAAAAUCAUGUAG